UUGGUUGGAGAGGGGAGUGAAGCAUUCCUUGUAAGGGUGUGGAAUACUCUCCUUAGCAAACGCGUUUUAAAACUGUAAAGUUGACGGCGAUACAUAACGGUCCAAAACGGACAAUAUCUAUUAGCGGUGGGCUUAGACUAUUAUACUUUCACGUUCACUACUCUACAAUUGCUUUCGUUUAUCUGCAGCAAUUGGUAGACACUCUUGAGCUAUGUAUCUGACUCCAAAUCCUUACAGGCACAUCCUAGAAGCUGCAGAUGAUUUUGAAAAUUUUAGUUCUAUUCACAUUCCUCGACAUCUUUAAAUGAUGUUAUAAUCAGCAUCUCCAUUAGGAAUACCUUUCUUUGAUGACCAAGUUAUGAUGAACAUAAUAUUCAUUUCUUUGACUGACCAUUUUCAGUAAUAUAACAUGGUGAUAUGCUGGUUCAUUACUUUCUCACCGUGCUACCUUGACUAUGUCCAGUUAUUCUCAUGUGGCUGUGAAGGCCUUUGAAGUGUUUGUUUCAGUACACUAGAUAUGACAACCAUGUUACUGCGAGUGAUAUGAUCACUCCGCUGGAUGUUUCAGUCGGUAUUGGGAAGAACUACCAGCUUUGAUAUCCUCUACGAACAGACCCAUUGGCUCAUGACCGAUCCACAAGUGUUGGCUUGUAUACUGUCUUCACGAACUGAUGUAGUAAGUUAUGUUUAAUAACUUUGGUUUAGUUGUUUUGUUGUCAGAUCUUAUGGUUCAUCUCUUGGAUUAAAUACUUUCGAAUCAUAAUAAACUGCCUUCACCAUGUUCUGGGAGAAUUCCUUCCUUCAGAAGGCCGGCAACAUGAUGAUGCCCGGUAUCACAAUCGGCUAUAUAACAUGGAGCAACGAAAGAACGUUGCCAUUUUGCCUAUUCAAAUGUUUGAUCCAUUUAUUGAUCUGCAUAUGAUUCUGAUCAUCAUUGGCCCAUGUGGAAAUUGCCACUGCAGUUUGUUUACGAGACUCUAUGUUAAGGAGACAAAGGAGGGAGGGGAACUCAUUUGUUCACUGGAAAAUCGAGGUUUCCUCAAUUGUGCUGGUGAAGAGUUGCAGAAUGCUGACCUACAAGUCCUUUUCUCUGCGGUCAAACAUUACAGCUCCGGUUUCUUGUUAUUCAAAACAAUUUGAUUGAAGUUGCAACAUAAUAUAAGAGAGACGGGGUGAAAGAUGUGAUAAAGGGCAUUGGAGUUGUCAUUUGCGGCUGGGCUUGAGCAACAUGCACGGAAGGUGUUUGUUAUAAUGCCAAAUCCAAAGAGGUGGAGAAUGGUGGUAGAGGGUCAAGCCACGGGUCUAGAUUAUUAUCAUUGGAGAAGUACACACUAAGUUCUAUCCCCCUAAUUUCUGUAGCUGUCGACGUAUAUUUAGCUGCUUCAGUAAUGGGGGCAUCUUCCCAACAUUGUGUUUCUUUCGCCAGAACCAGUUGCCCCAUCUAAUGUCCUAUUAUCCACGCUUUGAAAGUGAUAAAGGUUCAAAGAUUGCAAAUGCGAUACAUCUCAAGGAUGCCAAUAGAAUUGAUUGCAGCUCUCCAUAUUGCGUGGGUGUGGUUGUCUUUGGUCACUCGUAGUGAAUGGACAAAAGAUAUUUUUUUUCACCUCCCAUUUAGCUGUGCAGGAUAGGGUGUCUGCAAAUGGGUGGAGGGGACACACUUUGAAGAAAAUUUAGCCGGUGGGUUUGCAGCAAAGCAAUUGAUACCAUGGAUUGCUUCUGUCAAAGUAAAGAAAGCAUGAAACUUGAGAGAGUAAGAAGACCAGAGCUAUCUUGUGUCUUAUAUGGUGGGCCGACGUAAGGACGAAGUUUGGUGCGAUUUGAAUCCAAUGGAGCUUUCAAACUUUUGGAGGACCACAUCAGCUACAAUUGACAAAUUGUUAUGUAUGCAUUUGCUGGAUGUUGCACUGGAAAGAUCCUUCAACGUUUAUUAAUGUGCAAAUCAAGAGUUGAAAUAAAAUUACUUUUUUGGUGGGGAAAUGAGUACCACAGCAUAAAUAUUUUGUAUAGCGAGGACUAGGAGGAGGUUGAAGCGUGUUUCCCACACUAAAUGCCAGCGAGUAGGUAUAGUAAGUACCAUGAUUGCUCCUCCCCAUUUAAUGGUGAAGAGAAAGACGAGUACAGAGCCAAUCGGUUUUCUUUCAGUAAAAUGGAAAGUGGCCUUCCCAUGCUUAACUGUCUGUUGCAACACACUUUAAGGAGUUUAUGUUUGUCUUCAGACUCUUGUAGCUCUACCUCUUCUAAGUGGGUUUAUGCCAUUUUCUGGAGGAUCCUCCCUAGAAACUUUCCUCCUCCCAAGUGGGAGUUUGGUGGGAGUGCUCUUGAUCGCUCUAAAGGAAACAAGAGGAACUGGAUUCUUGUUUGGGAAGAUGGGUUUUGUGAUUUCCAUGAAUGUGAAAGAGCAGCAGGUGGGUGUCUUACAGGGAGGUUUGGAGUUGAUCUCUUCUUCAAAAUGUCUCAUGAGGUUUACAGUUAUGGAGAAGGAUUAGUGGGAAAAGUUGGAGCUGAGAAUAAUCAUAAAUGGGUUUUCAGAGAUAGCGCAACUGAAAGUGAUCCGAACCUCGUCUCCUCAUGGAACUCAUCCAUUGAGCCUCAACCUCGAGCCUGGGAAUCUCAGUUUAAAUCAGGCAUUCAGACAAUUGCAGUCAUUGCUGUACGAGAAGGCGUAGUUCAACUGGGCUCUUUUGAUAAGGUCCCGGAAGAUCUCAAUUUAGUCAUUAAUGUACAGAGGAAAUUCAGCUACCUGCACAGCAUGCCAGGUAUCUUUGCUGUUCAAAGGCCCUACCUUCCUAGCCAACAUCCAUACGUUUUAAAGCCAGAUGUCCAGAUGAUCGAAAACCAAUCCACUGGGUUGAAGAGAUUGUUCAGCUCUAUGCUUGAUGAAUCUCCUAUCAAAUCCAUCAACUUAGGCUGGAACACCCCACAUCCCUUGGCCUCUGGAUCGUCAGUGUGGCCAAUCCCACCUCUUCUUCCUUCCACUUCAUGCGGUUUUGGAACUUUUAAAUCAAAGAUUCCUUCUAAUGGCACCCCGCCUUGUGAAGUCGAUGAUCGUCCCGACGCAGUUCAACUAAUGUCCAUUAACCACCCGAACCUGAAUACAAUGAAGGCUACCAACUCAGAAGUAAAGAUAGAAAUCUCCAGCCAGUUAGAUGCAGCUCAAGAAACAGAAGAGAAACCAAGUUGCUUAAAUCCUAGAUUCGGGUUUGGAGAGACAAGUCAGAAUGGUCAAAGUCUCAAUUAAUUAGAAAAAGUACCUUCUCAAUGGCAUCAAUUGUCACAAAAAGGAUGAGUUUGGUACUUGCAUGGAUUUGGAUGGUUGAUUAGCAUGCACCCAAAUUGUAUAAUCACUGUUUUUUGAAAAAUAUCUAGAUACU